CCGGUCAGCAGGACGUCCGUCCGUAGUACCUAAUAAUAACAAUAAAUAAUAAUAAUAAUAUUGUUGUGUAAGAAUAAAACGAUGUCUGCUGGAGACGUGCCGGUAAUAAUAUUAGGGUACCUUCUCGACCCUGCACCGCUGCCCCAAAAAUACCUACACCUACCUGGACACAAUAUACACGCUCACGUAGACACGUGCGUAUAAAAUAAUAAUAAUUGGUGUUCCGCCCUUAUUAUUUUUAUGUCUAUGCACUCAUACAUUAUAUACCCUGUACCUUUCCGGCUAGUUUUUUUUUUUUUAUUAAUUUACUAUUAUUCGUAUAAACGCGUGUAAUCAUCUUAGAAUAUUAAAAAAAUAUUAAAUUGUAUAUUAUUAUUUAUUGCUAUUAUUAUUAGUACAAGCCCAAGUACAGUCCUGUAUAUUGUGUAAAUAUGCACACGGGCGUACCUACCCACCCAGGCCUUCCUAACGGGGGGGGGAGGGAGGCGAAAUAUAUUUUCAUCCACUCUUAAAAUAGAAAAUUCCUUAAAAAAAGGAACGUCACAGCUACAACAAUUUUCUUAAUAGACAGGGGAAUCGGGCUCUUUUAUAUUUGUAAAAUAAGACAUUUUUAGUUAAUUUAAAUAUAAUGUUAUAAUGCAUGUUACAAAAUUAUUGUACAAACUCUAACCUCCGGUUUUUCAUAGAAGAAAACCUUUCAAAGAUAUCAUCCACUGGUAUGGUGUACUUAUUUUCCAGUAAAUAUGCAAAACAGUCGUGCAACUGCACAAGCCCGCGUAAGCGAUCCCGGCACAUUGUGUAACUAGAAAUCAAUGAUAAGAAACAACGGUCGAACAGUAAUAUAACAUUAUGUUCAUGGUCGAACCCACGGAUAAUUUAUUAUCAUUGUAUUAUCCGUGGGUCGAACCGUUAAAAUAAAAUGAUAACACCAGAAACCUUAAUCCGCAUUAACCAUAGAUAACAAACAUAUUUUAACACCUGUGGAUUUUACCGUAUUAUCAUAUUAUUAACGACUUCAUGAAAAAAAAUUUCAAAAUGAUUGUGAAAAACUGAAAAUACUAAAAUCAUAUACCUAACAAUGCACACAUUUAUUUCAAUAGCCCAUGUUGUGUAACAGAGUCGAGAUUUUUCCAAAAUUUAAAUAUAUUUUUUCGAUUGUUUUUAAAUCUUUAAACUUACCAGUAUUAAUGGUGAAGGAGCCAGUGAAGGUCAAUGAUUUUUACACCUUGUGCUAAAAGCAAAAUCCUUCUAUCCCCUAUUUACAUGGUUCCGCCCAUUCUUAAAGAUUGUAUUUAUUUUUUUUAACCCAACCAUGCCCCUCUUUCCACUAAAUAUUACCACUUAAUAACAUUUAAAUUUUACCGAGCUUGAAAUUUUGCAGCUCGGGAAAUCGAUCUUUUCGCCCCUUCUCCUCCCCCCCUCCCUAUGUGUACCACUCGAACGAAUGGGACGGAACAUAAUGUUAUAAAUACUAUAUAUGACUUUCUUUAUAAGUAGAACAUAGGCAGGGGUGGAGAGAGACCAAAAUUUAGGUCGGGAGAUUAAAAUAUAUACAGGCCACCCUCAAAAAUACGUACCUAGGUACUGGCCAAACAAAUUUUUCUCGCGUUUAAAUUUGAAUUAAUAGCGAAUCCAGGAUUUUAAAUCGAGAAAACCUAAAUACGUUUAUACUUAGGGCAUGAGCGAAGAGGGAAUUUCGAUCACUAAAAAAUGUAGAAAAAUGUUUUCAUCAAUAUGCAUUUUAAUGUAAUAUUUUUUAAACGAAAAUGUAUACCUAUUAGAUUAACUUAAUACGUAAGUAUUGUAAUUAAAAAUUGUAUAAUAUGUUAUUUAUUGGCAUACAUUUUUACUAAAUGUUUAAAUAAUACAAGUGAAAUAUUAUAUACUAGACCAUGAUACGAUCCAGACCACCUGGAUAGUUUCCAUUUAAAGACCGGCCAUUCCGCCCUUGAACACAGGGUAUAAAUUAGAUAAUAAUUACUAAAUUAAAUAAAAUAAUAAAUUAUCGCCAAAAAAAACACAAUUUCCAGCGGAGUUUUUGAUUAAAUAGUUUUUCUAAAUUAGAAUUUAAAAUUUCAUUAAUUUUCGAUUACCUACGAAAUAAUAUAACUUUAUUGUUGUCGAUUUUUUUUUAACAAAUUUCAUCAAAAAUUUCAAACGCUACUAAGAAAAAUUGUGAUAUUGACUUAUAUUUUUGUCAUUAUCAGGAAAAACCUCUAUAAUAUUGGGUACCUACAAUAUGAUGAUUGAUGAACCUUGUUUGACCGUUCUUAUGUGGCUGAACAAAUACAUAAAUACAACAUUUUCAAAUAACUAUUGUCUAAAUAAAUGAUUAUUUAUAGCAGACAGACAUAAUGGAGAAGAUCAUAAAGGGAAGACUACAAUGAACUCAGUGGACAUAAAGAAAACUGGAAGAUAUCGUAGGAAAAUGUUACGGGAGGAUCCGAAUUGAAAAAGACUCUUGAGAAGACCGCAUCUUUCCGUAAUCGAAAUCACUUAGUUUUAUUACCUUUUAGUAUUCUUAAGAAAUGGGAAAAACUAGCAUUUUGUUGAUUUCCUUGGUAAAAAUGAAAAAUACGACUUAUCUAUAAUAUUCUGCUCUGAACCAUUUGUCGGUAGCAAUGAUUUAAGAUGCAUACAGAUAUAAAUUACUGUAUACAUUUUCCUUUCCAACUUCUCCCUUAAAAGAAUAGCACGCCCAUGAACGUAUUUAGGGGAGAGAGAGGGUCCACGGGGCCAUUGGCAUUUCAUUUCAUCACAUGUCAAGGGACCGUCAAUAGAUAGGUACGUCAUAAUUAAAAUGAAGUGAAAACUCUUCAAAUUAAUAAAAAUGUUUUUUUUUUUAAAUAUCAAUCCCAUUCCACAGUUCUCACUCACUUAGCUGGAUCUAAAAUAAUGUGUCUAGUGAACAGUUCGAAAUUCCAAUGUUAUCUUAUGAAAGGACUAGAACGAUACCUACGGUUAAAAAUGAAAUUACAUCUCUGGGUACACCCACUAGCAGUAUCAGCAUUUGUUUUUAACUAAUAUAAAAUCAGAAUUCGAUUGUAUAUUGAAUAUUAAUUAAGUUCUUAUGUAUAUUAUGUGUACCCAUAUUAAUUUAAUAGAUUUAAUCAUAAUAAUAUUAAAAGUAAAAUAUUUUAAUGGCAUAGGUAGGUAUGUACAUUGUGUACAUUUUACAGGCAUUUAUAUCGCGCAAAAGAUACUAGAUAUAUGUGCACAGCAUUCCAGAUGAUAGUGUAUCAAUGGUUACUAUUACAAAUAAAAGGGUCAAAAGGUAACAGAGCAUGCGCCACCGCAGUGUUCGGGCGACUCCCAAAAUUGAUUGUUCCGUCUCGUUUUUAUAUAUUAUUUUCCUUUCAAAAUUGUUCAUAACACAACAAGUGUUUUUACAGACAUCAUCGACUUUUAGCUAUACCUAGAUACAAACAGGGGAAAAAUAUGUCGCGUCAAUUAUUUUUUUACCCAUCACCGUUACGACGACGGCCGAAACACCGCUAUAGUUUUUGCAAUUUAAAUUCGAAAGUUUGAUGUCAAUCGAUAACGCGAAAACUUCUCGACGAUGAAAAAGGUAAGUGGGCAGCUAUUUUAUGUAAUACCAAUAAAUAAUUAAACGGUUUAUUUCACGUAUCGGGCCUACAGACAAAUUUGUUUUCUAAAACCAGAUGUUACAAUAAUAAUAUUAUGUAGCUAUGUAGUAUUUGGGUGUGAUAACUCUAAAAUUAAAAUUAAAAAAAAAUACAUUCUACAAUUUUAGAAACGCCGAACACCAAUAUUGAUAGAUAACGUUGUCUUAUUAUAAUGUAGGCAAUAAUACAUUGGCUUUAUGUUUCUAUAAAUAAAUUAUAAAUAUGAUAUUUCGGUAAUUGUGUAUAAUAAUUAUAUAAUAUUACUUGUUUGAAUAUUGUCGAUUAAAUUUAUAAAACGGUAGGCAACUAAAAUCUAACACAUGUUUAGACGGGUACCGAUUUAUAAUUUUUGUCAUUAUUAUCUGCAUGAUAUUAUAAUAUUACUGUGCCGAUAUAUUUUACAAGUAAUUUAUACAUAAUUGUACGUGUAAUAUAGCGAAAAAAUUAUUUUAAUAAAUUAUUAUUUAUAAAUAAAACAAGUCAAAAUACCAACUAUUUGUAGUUUAAAGAUACUACAAUAUUUAAUUUUAAAUUUUAAACUAGUACUUUAUACUCAUUAAAUUGUAAAUUAAGGAAUGCAUAUAGGUAGGUAAACAAAAAAUAAAAAAUAAAAUAAGGUUGGCAGGUAUAGAAAAAUAAUUUAAAUAAAAUAAAUGUUUACAAAUGCUAAAAAUCGAAUGUAAAGUAUAUUUUGAUACCUACAUUUGUUUUACAUUGGCCAGUUAGCCUUCCUUGCCUUCCAAACUACAGAUAUAUUUGAUUAUACUUUAUUACAUUUAAAACGUAUUUAAUAUGGUGUUUCUAUAUUUUACUAAUAAUUUGUACAAUUUUAUCUAAAAUACUAUUAAUAUUUCGUUUCCUGUAAGAUUAUUAUACUAAUACUAUUUAUUUUUUUUAGAUAAAAACGCCAGUAUUAGCCAUGUCAUUAGAUGACAACAUAAGUGAUGACGUAUUUGAAAGUAUUGAAGAGGCUGAAGUUAACCAAAACACCAAAAAUCUAUCCACCACAGACCCGAAUUAUGAUCAAAGGCCUUCACCGACUGGGUAUAGGGAUUAUAAACCUCCAAGUACCACACGAAAGCCUUCAGAUCCAUCUUUAAAAAUUGUACACAAGGUAGGUACCAUUUAGCAUUAUUAUAAUAAAUCAUAUAUGUACUGUAUACAGUUCUUAAAAGAAUUUCAGUAUGUUUCAUUAUACUUACCGUUUCUUUUACUGUAGUUUUAAAUUAAUGUCAAUAUAAUAUUGUUUUUGGUUUGUACAAAAAAAUAUAUAACUAGGUACCUAUCAUAUAAUUGUUUGUAUGGCAAUCAUGUGUUAGAUUGUAAAUGUGUUAUGUUGGUCAAAUUAAAUAGAACUUUUACUGACAUAGGUAAUAUUUUUUUUUUCAGACUAUAUUAUUAGGUGACAGUGGAGUGGGGAAAACAUCACUAUUGGUAAAAUUUGACACUGGAAAAUUUCAGACUGGCAAUUUUGCUGCCACUGUUGGUAUAGGUUUUACAGUAAGUACCUACAAUAUUUUUUAAAUUAGAUUAAGACUAUAUUGUAUAAAUAUAUUUAUACAUCCUUCAUAUUUCCCUGAAUGAUGGUAAUUUAUGGUAUAUUUAGGGUUGAUUUAGGAUUGUGUUAAUUAAUAUUAAUCAAUAAUCAAAUAUUGUAAUUUAUUUUAGUGUCCCAAGUAUACUUUUAGAAUGUGGUUUACUAAACAUUAUAUCAUAGCUCUUGACGACAAAUUAAACAAAUUUGAAAUUACAGUAGAGACUCAGAUUUGAUACUUAUAUAUUAUACAUCCAUUAGGGAUUACAUUAAUAAAUCACUACAUUAUUAUCAUUUAUCAUACAUUUUAUUUUAUGAAAUAGAAUUUAUUUAUACUUUUAGUUUGUAUUGGAAAGUAUUUAAUUGAACUUUCUUUAUUUGUUGUUAUAUUAUGUCAUUUAAUUUUGUCUUACAUAUCUUAUUAAUUUAAAUUCACCUAAAAAUUGGACUCUGCUCUGCACAGCCAUUGGUAUGGAGGUGACCGACUCUUUGAUCAUACCUUAUGUAAUUUUAUUGUUAUUUUGUAUAGUUGGUUGGGAAUUCAAUAAAUAUUAUUAUUAUUAUUAUUCACUUUCUUAGAAAAUAAUAAAAUAAACUCCAAAUAUUUUAUUUAUGGUAAUUUUAAAUGUUUAAAAAUAGUUUUUUUAAUUUUUUUUGAAUUAAUAAGUGUUAUGUGAUGUAAAAAUAAUAACUUAAGUGUUUUUAAACUUAUUUAUUAUGAUAAUUUAGUUUUAAUUAAAAGUAUAUAUUUUAUUCAACAAAUUUAAUGUUUAUAUCUGGUGUUUUAAACUGAUAGGUACCAAUGUUCUACUAAGUUUUAAUUUCACAAUUAUUGUAUACAAUUAUAUCAGCUAACUAUGUAAAUAUUAUGCUAUACUAGUUUGCCCUAUAACCUAAAAUAUAUCUUGAUGUAGUAGGCAAGGUUGGUUGUAAGUUUUAAGUACCUAGAUUUUAGACUCUAGAACCAUUAGUACAAAAUAACAGUAGCUUUGAAAAGGAUGUAAAACAUAAGAUUAAGUGUGGUUAGAUCAAUUGGAUAAAAGCAUUCGGUGAUUUAUUUGACAAAAUGAUUGCAAUGAGACUUAAAGGUAGUUAAGGAAGUUCUAUAAUAGUGUAGUAAUAUUAAAUAUGUUAUAUGGUUUGGAAUGUUAGAUGGUAGACAGAAAAAGUAUAGUGGAGAUUAUAAUGCAUAGGUUGUUCAAUGAAGGUACGAGGGAAGAUAAGGUAAGGGGAACGAAUAUAUAAGAGUUAGCAUAGGAUUGGCUAUGAUAGUGGACAAAAUAAAAGAAAAGGGACUUGAAUUAGAAUUGUAAUAAAAAUAAACAUUGAAGGAAACUGGGAAAGAGGAAGAUCAAAAAAAAUAGUUAGAUGUGAUUGUGAAUGGUCUGAGAACAGCCAGUGUAUGCAAAGAUAUUGUAGGAGACCAGUUCAAGUGAAAGUUUAAGACGAGGGUAGCUGAUCCCAAAUAAUUAGAAUGAAGGCGAAUGAGGGGUAUAGAUAGGGUAAUUUUAAGUUUAUAUACUGAAUACAAUGAUAAAUCAUUGUAAUUAGUGAAUGAUUCUGAGAUGUUAGCUUUGACAUUACUAAAUUUUAGAUUCUGAGUGGACCGUGGAAUGUAUUGAUUUUACAAAGAUUUUUUAUUUUUUUUUAUGUGAACACUUUAUUUACCAAAAAGCAUACUUCGAUUAUCAAGUAUAGCGUUGAAAGGAAAUAUUCUCCGGAUGGUACUUUAGAGAGGUCAUUUUUUGAAAUUGUCAUUAAUAUUUAAGAUAUUGAAGAAAAUCUGGUUCUUUAGGUUGAAAAAGAUUGAAUGAUUAAAAAUAAGGUUUUUAUUGGCAACCGUUUUUAUUUAUUUUUUGUUAUUAUUAUUUUAAAAUGUUUUGUUUUUUUAUUGUUCUCAUGGAAACGCACACUGUUGUAAUCAUUUUACUAUAAUAUUACAUAUAUAUAUAUUGUUGAAAAAGUAACAUUAUUAACUGAACUCCGCUCAGAAUCGUUUUUUCGUUAUCAAUGGUUUCGUUGCUUGCAAAUAUACAUUAAAUUCCCGUAUAUAUCCUACCUACCCAACUUCCCAUCUAUAAAAAUGGCUGCACCCACGUGCAAAGUAUAUUCUUCCUUUUUUACUUCUGUUCAUUUACAAACUGUUAUAUUUUCAAUAUACGUGACACACCAUUGUUAUUUAUUAUUUAUUAUCGUUCUUUUUCUUUUUCUUUGCUUUCAUCUCAACUGUUUGGGAUCGGUCACCCUCGUUCAUUUGACCCAAUAACUAUCACCUCAUAUACACUGACCGUCCUUAUAUUAUUCUCAAUUAUGUCCAAUUAUUUUUUUCGGUCUUCUCUUUACCAGAUUACAAACAUUUCAUCACAAUUCUUACUGCUUCCAAUUUUUUCUUUUUCCAUGUCCACCCAUUCGUCAAUUUUAUUUUAUUUUGUCCACAAAGUUACGCCUAACCUCUUAUGUACUUGUUCCUUAUAUUUCCUCGUCACUUUAUUCGACCACCUCUAAGCAUUCUCAUCUCUGCUACACUCAUUCUAUUUGUCUGUCUACCGCUCAACAUUCCGAACCAUCCAAUAUAGUCAAUCUCACCAUACUAUUAUAGAACUACCAACCUUGAAAUCUUUUUGUCAAAUUAAAUACCUGACGACUCUCUCUACUUGAUCCAACUACACAUAAUCUUAUAUUUCACAUCCUAGUCAAAGCCAUCCUUCUUUUAAAUAAAAGAUCCUAGGUUCUUAAAACUUUCAACCUUGCCUAUUACCUAUGUCACCAUUUAUUAUCGUUGUCUGUCUUGUCCCGUUCUUCCAAAUUCAUGUAUUAUAUCAUGUACUCUGUUUAUAAACUAUAAGCUCCCCUGAGGUGAGUUUUUUUAUUUUUAUUUUUGGAAUUAUUUAUUAAAUAAAUAUAAAAAUUGGUUCUUCUUGCUCAAAAUUUUUCCGCACGAUGCUGAAUUAGACGUGAAUAGUAAUUUAGAGUUAUUAACAUAAGCUAUUAUGAUAUAACAUAUUAAUGACACGAUAUUAACCAUAAUGUAUAUUAUGGUAAUAAUAUUACCAUACAUUAUAAUAUACUACCUGGCUAGGCACCACUUUUCGUGAAAAUUAACCGUCAUGGUCAUGUUACAUAGGUAAUUUGCGCGAGUCGGUCGCAGGCACUUAGUACUAAACUUUCUGUUCCCAUUAAUUAUUUAAUAUUUAGCUUUUAUAUGUAUUGGUAUAUAUAUUGUAUACCUACACUUAUUUAAAUUAUUUAUUAUACCUUCCCUACUCGAAAGUUAUUGGAUUUCGAUGAAUAGAUUCGAGAACUGUUAUUUGAUAGCUAUCGAGCGUAUAUUUAUACAGUUAUACACAAGUACUUAAGUAAACAACUUAUAGGCAUAUACCAUAUUUCUUUUAAGGUAUUUCGAGAACAAUUUUUUAAAUUUGUGUUAAACAAAAAAAAGAUUCAAGAGACAAUUUGAGUAUAGGUUCAUCAAAGUUAAGUAUUAUAAGUACAAAAUCUAAGGAGUAAAAGUAAAAUACAAAUCGAAUAUAAAAAAGAAUUCCUAGCUAUAUAUAUAUACGUAAAACAAUAAAAAUAUUAUAGUGACAUCAUAAAUCUUUACCAAAGUGUUUAACCGUUUUUUAUUAUUAUUAAUUUUUUUGAAAUGUCUGCAAGUUGAGGUUGACGAAUGAUUUUUAAAAUUAAUUAAAUUCCUAUAAAUAUUAUACAGGCUGUCCCACGAAAAUAUGCCCCUUGAAUAUCUCCGGAGAUAACAAAGAUAACCAAAUUCUGUUUUUUUUAUAUUACUCACAGGAAAGGUUAUCUAGGGAAUAACCUAACUGUGUUAUGCAAUGUACAGCCAUUGUUAUAGAUAAUUUAACGUAUACCUUUAAGCAAUGAUAAACUAUUGCUAAUUAAAAAACAAUUCUGAGCGGAGUUCAGUUGAUAGUGAUGCUUUGUCAACAAUAUAUAUGUCAUAUUAAAGUAAAAUAAUUAAAUAGGCUUUUAUAUAUUUUCUUUAAUAAUAUUUGUUUAAUGUUGUACCGAUUUUCCUUCGUUUUUCCCGGUUUUAAUAUAUUAAUAUAUUCUCGCAAUAUAUUUUAACUAAUACUUAUAUUUCUUAUAUUGUCCCGUUUUUUUUUCGGGUUUUCACAUUUUUUGAGUAAAUUCUUGAGAAAAUCGUAAAAUGAUCUCUCUGAAGUACCUCCCCUGUCAGAUUUACUUUUAGAAAAAGUGCUACACCUUAAAUCGAAGCAAGAUUUCUGGUAAAAAAGUUGUGCACAGAAAACACAGAAAAAAUAACAUCUUUGUAAAACCAUAACCUUCUUCGCUCCACUUAGAAUCUGAAAACCGAAUACCUAUAGUAUGUAAUAUAUUAUCAUUUCCCCCCUCCUUCCCAAAAAAAACCUUAACUUGCAAGUAGGUAGUGGCGUGCUUAGGAAUUUUCAUUAGAAAUGGAUGCAGUAAAUAAUAUCAUUGAGUGUAGAUACUAUCUACCACAAUUAUAAUAUCUAUGAUUCAUGAAGAAAUCGUAGAAUCUGUGUCUGUUAUGCCUAAUCCAACAUCCGCCAGUGAUAAUAUUUUAAUAUCCGGAUCCAAAAAAGCCAAUAUUUAUUCAAUAAAUCAAGUUUUUUUUCUUUGUAAUUUGGCUAAAAUAUAAUAAUCUGAAGACAAAUAUAUAAAUACUCAUAAACAUAAUUGUAUUUUUAAGCCGAUGGGAGGAGGAUAUACGAUAUUGGCAACCCAUAAACAUCUUCCCUUGCGCACACCACUGUUUUUCCCACAUUAUAAUCUAAUACCAUCAUAACGAUAAACAAUUAUAAUUAUUAUAUUUAAACCGAUGAUUAAUCGUAUUAAAUUCGCUUAUAUUGUGUAUUUACUAGAAUAUUCGAUAAUUAUUAAAUGUUAAAUAAUCAGUGCGUAAUUUCCACGGAGUAUCGUUUAUGCAGGGUUCCUCGUCUCCUAGUUAAACUACAGUUACUUAUACUGACUAUAAUAUUUUAUUAUCAGAUUUAAACGAGCUUUGUUUAAAUCAAUUACUAUCUUUAAUCGUGAAUAUAACGAACAUACUUUGUGUCUAUAUACUAUGUACUAUGUAGGUAAUUUCAAAUUUGUGACAACAGCUUAUUUUAGUUAUUAUUGUUCUGACGGUAUGUUAAUGUAACUAUUAGUAAAAUAUUUUGAACUUUUACUUAUAUUUAUUUUGUAUAUUUUUAGUCAAAACGUCAUAUAAAUAAUAUAAAUGUGUAAGGUAAGCGGUAUAUAAAAGGUGGGAUAAUUUCGGGUGUUACAACCUUCAUAGGUUUUUUUGGUAUGGAAACCUGUCAAAAGUUAAAAUUGAACUAAGAAGUGUGUCCCUUGAAAUAAGAUGUAUUUUAGACCCUGCAAUGCAUAACGCAUCAACAUCUCCCAUCGUCCGUAUAAUUAAUUAUUAAAUUAUUCAUGAGAUAUUAUGUUUACAUUAUACUAGUAUAACACAAAAGUGUAAAUACACUUGUGUAAUUUUAGUAUUUACAUUAUUUACUUAAUUCACUUGAAAAAUUACUCGUAGUUAAUGUAAUUGUGAACGUUUCGGAAUAAGGUACUUUACGCCCUUUUUUCGUUAUCUUUCGAAUCGUUAAAUAACAAAUACAAUAAUAUAAUAAUACACUAUAGUACCUACUGUAAUGUAAAAAUAUAUACGAGUACAAAAUAAUAAUACCGUUUAGAAAAUAUACAGGUACAAUUAGUUUUAAAUUAAAUAUAUCACCGGGAAGUACCUAUAUUAUUUCAUUUCUACGCCAGUCAUCGGAUGGUUUUUUUCUACUUGUUAGAAACAAAUUAAAUAAAAUGUCCUAUACAUUUCGUAGAAUCCUGAUCUUUUAGUAACUAUAUAAGUAUAUCACUGUAUAGAUUUUCCAAUAAUGGUCAGUGAUAUGUUUGGUCAAUAUUAAAUUGCAUCCGAAAAAAAAUAAGUAGAACAAACCGAAAGGUUGUGUAUAUAAAUGUCGAUAGUAAUAUGUAAAAUUCAAGAGUUUAUUGUUAUUUAUCCAUUUAAAAUGUAAUUAUUCCAGUUAUAAAUUACUAACUUUGUUUCCUUGUAUUUCCAGUGCUUGAUUCUUUUAAAAGCAGAAAUCAAUAAAACAAAUUAAAUUCAACGUUUCCACUAUUAUAGUUGAUGUGCAUUAUUUUAUCUUUUGAGAAGGGUACUUCUUUGUCUGUGACAACCAAAUUAAAUAAUGAUAGGUAACCGUUUUUUUUAUCCAUGUCACCAAUGUUAAUAAAUCACCAAAAAAAAUUCAACUUUCGUUUCAAAAAUACCAAAAACCUUUUGUUGAUCACCCUUAAGGCUUUAGGGGUUGAAUUUAGAUGAACAAGUAGACAGCGAUCUUCCUUUUGAUUUGAAUGUUUAGUAUGUAAAGUUUCAUUAAAUUCGAAAUAAAAUUGUAGAUUUACAAUGUAACGAAUAGGUAAAUAUACAAACAAAAUUUUAAUAUUAUACAUUCGAUUGUAAUACAUAAUACGAUUAAUACGAGUAUAUAGGGAAGAUAUUUAUAUGCUUUUGUAUAUUUUUAUUGGUUGUUCAAAACUUAUAGUCUAUGCUAAAAUAUGUUUUAUAACCAUAUUCUAUGAAAAGUAUAGAAAAAAAGACGGAUGUACUUCGCACGUGGGUGCAGUCACUGUUGUUGAUGAGAAGUUGGGAAAGUAGGAUAUACAGGGGACAUUAAUUUUUAUCUGUAAGCAACAAUUAAUUAUUAACAAAAAACGAUUCUGAGCAAAGUUCGGUUACACAUAUUUUGAAAGGCCGUAGGUAAUAUUUACGAUAUUCAUCAAAAUUUUACAUUCAAAUUCUUAUGACAAAAAAAUUAUAUUAAACUCAACUUUUUCUACUACACUAAGUGAAAUUAAUAAUGACCCUCUUGUAAAAUGUUCAAGUAUUUUUGUUUGAUCUAACAGAUUUAUCCACAGAGUACUUAUCAAAUAAAAAUAAUGUAAAAAACUCGCAAAAUUAAAAUGUCUCAUUUUAAUGUCUCUAUUUAUGCAUUAAAAUAUUAAAUAAUGAAAAAAUGUAAACAUUAUUCAGUAAAUAAUAUAUAAUUUGUGAAAAUAAUAUUUUAUAGUUUAAGAAAUUUGUAAUUGAUGUGGAGGUUAGGCUUCUGUAUCCUACCUUCCCAACUUCCAAUCUACAACAAUGGCUACACCCGGGUACAAAGUAUGUAUGUCUUUUUUCAUAUCAUUCUAAUUGUGCUGUGUAUCAUUUCUAACUUCAUAAUAAUAAUAAUUCACACAUUUUGUAUAUAAUUUUGAUUUCAUCUUUUUUUUCUAAAAAAAAAUUGAAAACUUGUAAGUAUUAAUUGAUUUUCAUUUGAUUUAUACUAAUUUUUAUUUAAACUAGGUAGUUAUUAUGCUGUAGGCAUCCGCUAAGAAAUGAUUUUAGAUAAUUCGACCCUUAAAGUAGGUGAUUUUAGGUAUUUUUGGUAUACGAAUGUCUUAUUGUUUAUUUAUGGGUCACUUGGUGACAAGGACAACAAUUUGGUUGUCACGGACAAGAAAACUAUUAUUAUUAUUAUCUAGUAAUAGCAAAGCAUUGCCGAGUCACUUAGUAUAUUAUAUUAAUUCUGUAUAGAUAUGAUGCCGUCUGCAGUCGUCUCGUAUCCUUUAUAUUAUAAUAUGUGAUAUAUAUUAUAGUCUGUCUGGUUGGAUUAUGAUUACGGUAUGUACUAUAUAGGUACCAUUAAAGUCAGUGGUGGAUCCGGGGGAUUCCAUUUCCAAUAUACUUUUAGUUUGAUUUUCAUCAUAAAUGUGUGCAUUGUAUACAUUUUAAAAAUCGCCCUGUUAUUUUGGAUCUGCUCCUGACCAUGGUUGUGGCAUAAUAUUAUGACGCAAUGUAUGCAUAGUAAUGGGGAAAAUCUGGAUUCGCCGUUAAGUUUGAAAAUCCGGAAUCCAAAGUUUAUUGUAAAUCCGGAAUUUCCUGUGAAUUUUUCUGGUGUUGAAUUCCUUUAUUUUUUUUUGUAAAAUUACAGUUAUAUAAUUCAAAUCUGUAUAAUAAUAAAAUUCAAUGUCUGCGUGUAUGUGUAUUUAGGACCUACAGACAAAUCUUUCGCACACAAAAAUCUGAAGAUAAUCAUACAGAUACGGAUGAUGACCGGCGAAUCACGCAGGCUUUUUUUAGUAUACGACUAUUGAAUUUAAGAAUCUCUUUAGCGAUUAAUGAAUUUGAUUUUAUUAUAAUCUAUGGUUAUUUUUGUCUAUUAUCAACUUUCUACCGUGUAUCUUGCUAUGAUCAUCAAAACCAUGAGUGAUUUCUGGAAGAAAAGUUAUUCAUAAACAGAAAAAAGUACACAUCAUAAAACCAAUAUACGUUCAGAAUUUAAAACAGUUAUUAGCUAUUUAGAUUAGUUUUUUUGGUUUUCAUCUUUUUAAAAGAUAAAUUACUAAGCAACAACGGUUACCAGUGAUAGGUACGCGUCAUUAUAUUGAAUUUCUUUUAUUGAUUUCGCGAUUUUUUUAAAAUGGUUAAACAAAAAUGAUAUUAUUAAUCAAAAAUGAGAUGAUUAAUAAAAAAAAAAAAAAAUAAAACAACAACAAAAUCCAUAUUUCGGGAUUUUCCGCAUGGGAGAGGUUUGCCAAUUUUCGUUCUGAAACUUAUCGCGUCUAAAGUAAUGAAACCAUUUUCGUCAACAACUAUGACGUUUUUCCCCGAGCGUUUUCAAAAAAAUCGCGGAGGUGGGCUAUUUAACCAUCCCCCCACACCGUUCCGUUGGUCUUUAUGAGCCGGUCUCGGCGACAAAUUAAUCCGUUUAUUAAACUGUAUAUUAUUGUUAUUAUGACGUAUCACCAUCAGACGUGUGUAUCGCGCGAGAGGGGCCCGCCCGCGGUCACGUCAGUAGACCCCCCGCGGGCCGCGUUCGACGGGCCCCCCGCCGCCGGCAUCGCUGCCGAGUCCCACAUCGUCGGCACGGCACACGCGCCCCGUACAUCCACGUAAUGCGAUUAUAAUAUCGUGGGCUAUUACGUAUACCGACGAGUACCGAUAAUUAUUAUUGUUGUCGGCCGAUCAGUCGGGAGUACCGCGGGGCCGUUCCGCCACCCGAUAUGGUAUUGCAGCCAUUAUUAUACGCGUACACCAGGCAUCGUCGUUUCAGUCCCCAGACGGUAGCUAUGGAUACGCCCGGGAAAGCGAUGCAACGCAAGCUCGCGCUCGGGGCGUCCCGCAAAGUUUGCCGUGUGUACGCACACGCACGCACGCCGCCGCCUCGCCGUUGAAACGUGUAGUGUAUAUAUUGCGUGUGCGUAUAUGUAAAUGUGCGUACAGUACAGACGGUGUGUGUACGGGUGUUUUUAUGGCGAAUGUCGGCGUGUGCGCGCGCGCACGCGACGGACGAGUUUUAUGACGAGCAACCGGCCGUGGGGAAAAAAAGCUUCCGCGCGCGCCACAAGUGUUCCGAAAACGGCCAACCGCAACAGUCAGUUACCGCCGCCGUCGAGCACAGCAGAUACGCGUAUUUUCGACGUUUACGUCGUCGUCGCCUCGUCGAAACCGCCAGUUUUUCUCGUCAUAAACAACUAGACGCCAGAAAUCCCUCCCUCCCCCCCAACACCAGUCUUUUCCAAAUCUGUAAAAAAUAUUUGUACGUACCCUACGUUAUUAUUAUAUACACACUGUCAAUCCCGUCCACCGAUGUUCUCGACAACGGGACAAUAAGAGACGACGGCGCGUAGGUAAUUUCCAUAAUAAUUUUAUAUGUCGUCCGACCGGGUGUUCGAACGGCGUAUCGUGUCCAAGCGAAGAACAUCCGCCAACCUGGAAGACGCUCCGGAGAAACAGUGCCCAAACGGAUGGGCCAGCGUCGUAGCGGCCGCUUCGGCUGCGGCGGCCUCGUCUUCGUCGUCGUCCCGGCCGAAAACCGCGGUUGCCAAGAACCUACAGCAGAGGCCGACGCCGUUUCAACCGCAUCCCGAUUCCAAUUGCGAUUGGUUCUUUAAAGUGAGUAAUACACUUUUUCCUAUUACAGCAAAUUUUUCGUACAUAAAUUAUCAAACAGAUGACCGAGUUUUGUGCAGCCAGUCGAUCUGCAGACUAUACGAAUUGGAGCGUUUGAGGGGUUGUAAUCUCUCCCUACACCUCCCUCCAAAAACGAGUUUUUUACACCCCUUACGAAAUAAUUUUGUUUACAAUAUCAGGUAUUGUGACUACUUUACAUGUCAAAAACCUACACUUUAUUCAGGCAUUUAUUUUAAAAUUUAUAUCCCCCUCCUCUCCUAAAUUCAUCUCGGUUUCUCCACUAUAGUGUCAGCAUUAUUGAUAGUUGAUAUAUACAACUUUUGGAACGCGUAUUUUUUGUCUUAUUGUUAUUUUUUACCAAAAUUAUAAAAAUUAACAAAAACAUCAUAGCGUAAAUCUUGCGUAAACGAAUAGAUAAACGAAAAUUUCAAAACUAAAUUAUUCUUACUGUUAAAUACGGGGUUUUAUUUUUAAUUCUCUACAAAUUAACAUAGAGUCACACAUAAUAUUAAAAGAAAAUUUCACGCUGUGUGAGAAAUGUAGGUUGUAUAACAAAUAUUUAAAAAGUUGUGAUAAUACUCAAAAAAGUUCUAUGAUGUAUACAAUAUUCACCCUGUUCUGACCAUCCACGAACUCUUACACCUGGACAGUGAAUAAGCCCUAAAAAUAGGUAUACCACUCCGUGGAUGUGUAUUUUUAUUUUACACAAACUCUUCAGGAAUUUUUCCAAAUGUCUUCCAUCACAGUGGCGUGUAAAACAUUUUUUUGAUUAUGUUAAGCCCAACAAUUUUCAAUACCAACCACCCCUCCAAUGAAAAAAUUAAUAACAAAUACAUUUUUAUUAGUUGUUACUAUUCCACUUUAAACUCAUUGUUUAAUUAUUCUGAAAUCAUACUCCUCCACCACUCAAUCGCUAAUAACUUACCCACCAUUCACCAAUUUUGAGGACAAAAACAGUCUUCACCACAUCAUGUAUCAUACUCUGCAUUAAACCCGCAAGAAAUUUUCGUCGUAUAACUUAUAUAUAGAUACUUAUUCUGAAAUGUACCUACAAGUUAUCCACGAACUGUUUUUGACGUAAAAUAAUAUUAUUAUCUAGAUCGUCCUUUUCUCUUCGUUACGCGAAAAUAAACGUGACUUACAUUUUUUUUCAUUAGGUUUAUGCCUGCGGAAACUUAAUUUUCCAAGAUAAUGACUUUUAACUCCCUCUCUUCUCCAACAUUAAAAAUAACUGAUUUUCUAACAUUAUUAUUAAGAAUAUAGAUAUUAUAUAUUAUAACACAUAAAAAUGGAAAAUAUUUAUUUAUUUGUUUUAAUAAAAUAUCAUCAUCUGAGUUAUUCCAAUAGCAAACACGAUUUUUAAACUAGCGAACACUUCUGGUUUAUAAAACAUAAUUCUUAUACAAACAUAUUAUUCAAUGUCAGUUGUCCACUUUAUACGAUUCAAAAAACCAAGUCCAAAGUUAUUUUUUGUACGUAUAUCACAAAAAAAAAUUAUUACAAAAUAACUGUCUUAUAUAGUAUACUUUAAUUUUUUCCAAUUUUUGUAAUCAUUUUUACGUUAUUAACAUACAAAAACUAACUUUUGACUUUUGUUUUUUCAAAUCUUAAAAUUUGACUUUUGACUAUCCCUGUUUAUAACAUGUCUAUAAAACCAUCAAAUUAAUGUACAUUACAAAACAUUGAUUUUACAGCAACUUUCUGAAAAACUAUAUUGGAAAAAAUACCCGUUUUAUUAGUAUCAUUGUAUAUACUUAUUAUUUCAUAGUUAUAUUUAUAUAGGUAUAAAACAUGUAUUAUACCCGUACUAAUCAUUCUGCACUAAUUGACAAAGAAUUUUCUGUAUGUAUAGAAACACAUUAAAUACAAAAUAAAAUCAACAGUUACAAUAAAUCAUCUUACGCAAUAAGCAAUAGUUGUACAAAAAUAGAGAUAGAGAUGUUCCUUAUUACGGCUCACUGCGUAGUAUAUAGAAUAAAAAAUCAAUGAAAUACAAGAUAAAACAUAAUACAGGUAGUCAUGACACAAAGAAAAAAAUAGGACAUAUUCUUCGUAUACAUACAUUGGAUUGGCCAUUUUAGAAUUUAUUACAGUAUUUUUAUUAUUAUGUAAUAAAAAUUGAAAGCAAAUAAAAGAUAAAUUCAAAAAAUAUAUAAUUCUCUGCAAUUCGAUAUUCAUACACUUGCUCAUCAAAUACAAACAUUAUAAUAUUAUUAUUCCUCGUUGUAUACGUAUAUAAUAUAAUCAAUGCAACUAUCCAAAAAAACUUUUUAGACAUUCUAACCUAUCUAAAGUAGGUGACGCCUUACUAUCUCACUAUAUGUGUGUUUAAAUUACCUUCAUAUAAAGAUAUUAAUGAAAUUUUUCUUAUCAGCUCUACUUUAGUCUAAAAAUGAAAAAUAAAUAGAUUUUUUUUUUUUGAUUCUCUGCCGAAAAGUUCACGUUUCGUUUUUCCAACAUAACAAUAAUAUCCUAUUUAAUUUAUUGCGUGUUUACAUAAUAAUAUAUUUUCUAACGUUGUAAUAAUUAUUAUAUGUGGGCACGUACACUGCGUGUUUGUUAAUAAAAUAAUAUCGCAAAUGAGUAAAACGUAAAAAAAAAAAAUCAAAAAUUGAGUUUAUAGUAGCCUAUAAUUUAUGUAAAGCACUUGUGAUAAUAAUUAUUAUAUUGUUUACCCGGUUUACGAACAAUAUAAUUUACUUGGAUUUAAUAUUAUAUUAUGUAUAUCAAAACUGGGCAAGUUGGUCACUUUUUUCAACUAGUUAUGGUUAAGCUACUUUAAUACAAAAACUAAGUUAGAAUAUAAGUUAGUUUUUAAAAUGUUCCAAAUUUCUAACUUAGUUAGAAGUUAGGUGAAAAUAGUAACUUAAGUUAGAGUAGACGUUAGAAGUUAGUUUUUUUUUUUUAGUUUAAAAUAUAAAUUGAAAAACCUAUUUGUUCAAAUAUAAAUUAAUUAAUAAGUAGGUAACUAACUUAAAUUAUUUCCGAUGAUUGAAAAAUUAAAUUGAACAACUGAUCAAAUGUUUCAAGUAGGUAGGUAGUAACAUUAAUUUAUUGGAAAUUAAUUGGAUUAUCAUUCAUUAGAACAUAGAAAGUUUAACAACAUAAGAAAUAUACAAGCAGUAUUAGACAUAUUAUAAAAACAACUAGAUAGCAGACUAUAAUUUGCUAUCGAAAUCGUGGCCGCCAUAUUAUGCCUAAACAAUAAACGACAAUUAAUUCAAUUUUUAUACGACAACGCUAUUGCAUGGUUAUUGUAUAGAAGUCGGCUAUAUUCUAUGUAGUUGUUUUUAUAUGUUUAACUUACAAGAAAAAUAAAUAUUAUCAAGAAUUAAUAAGAAAUAAUAUAACAAGAAAAAUGUUUUUAUCAUAAAAUUGAAAAUACAUUGUUAAUGUAUUAUUAUCACGGCUAUAGAUACUAUGUAUAAUCGUCGGCGCUCGGCAAUUUUACGGAACAUUUAUAUUUUUGAAAUUAAAAAAAAAAAAAAAAAUAACUAUAGUUCCUUAAUGUUUUUAACAAGGUAGAUUAGAUUAUUUUACACAUUCAAUUUAACUAGUUAAGUUACAAAGUUAUUAUGAAUAAAUAGUAACUAGUCAAAUUAACUUUAACUUUAACUUGCUUACUAGUUAGCGCCCAGCUUUGAUAUAUAUAUAUAAUACAUUAUAAGUAUAGGUACUUAUUAAAAAUAGUAUCAUUUUAUCUAUAAGUUCUGCGGGUGUUAGAUGUAUUCAUAUUUUUCUGUUGUUUUUAUUUGCACCCGGGAAUUUCAAUGAGAUGUAGCAAUAAUAAAUCGUAGAAUUUUCUUCUCUAUAACUAACUCGAUUAUGAUGGACAUUUGAAAUCCGGAUAUUAAACGUGGCACCUGUCACCAUUUACAGGUAGGGCAAUGUUUACAAACUGAUAUUAAUUCAUGUGAUAUGUAAACAGCAAACAUCUUUAAAACUAUGUUUUCAAUUAUUGCCUUAUACUUUAAACAUCUAAUAAGCUGCAAUAGAUUAAAGUAUUAUAUUAUUAUCUACAUCAUAUUAAUACUUUAGUCUUUGAUUUCAUUUGUUUUUUAAAGUUAAGUUAAGUGCAUAUAAACAUAGGCGCAAAUAGUGUUUGACAUUUAAGGGGCUGAUGAUUUUAUCUCUGAUUAUAUUUUUUUCUUUUGCUCUUAUGCUCUUCUUUACUCUUAUGAUAUAUUUCAAUGUAUUAUGUUGUGAACAAAAUUUAUUUUUGAGGGAGCUAUAGCAAUUUUAAGGCACAGCCUCCAUUAUUUGCACUUAUGUAUGUAAUAAUAUAGUGUAUUGGUGUGCUCUAGUUGUGUUAAUUCGUAUACAAACCGUUCAAUACCAGGUUUACAACUAAACUUGUAUAGCGAGGGUAUAUAUUGUUUUGAGGAGGGAUUUGUUAUUCAAAUUGUCGCUAUUGAAUGUUAAGCUUUAACGUAAAUAUCUGCUUCUGUCGUUUACUAAUUUUGUGUAGUACCUACUUAUGUCUGAUGUCUAGGCGAGACGCCGGUCACAUAUUACUUACAUGAGAUUUAAAUUAUAAUUAUAAUUAUUAUUUAAUAUCGAUAACAUAUUGUAAAUAUUGUCCUACAUGACUGGCUGCAAGAUUUCCUUAGUUUCGCAGAGCUGACUGUCUAGUAUAGUAUUAAAUAUUACGUAUUGAGUAUCUUGUUAAUGUUUUACAUUCUAAUAUCAGAAUAUGAUAAAAGUAUGGAUUUUUAUUUUGAAAAAUACUUCUCUGGGCCUAUAAUAUGAUGAAAAUAUAAUAAUAUAAUAUAUAUAUAUAUAUAUAUAUAUAUAUUAUAUACAGGUUCAUGUAGUAAUAACUUUUCAUGCAGUUAAAAAAUUGAAUACAAGCGUUAGGUAUUCAAAAUUAAAAUACCUAUGUCGUCUUAAAAAAAAAAAAUAUUAUAUCCCUAUAACAACUUCUCCCCUAUCAUAUUACUAGUAUUAUUAAAUAAUUUUACAAAAUACUAUUAUAAUAUAGGUAUGCUAUGCGGAUAACUAAAAAUAUGAAAAUGUUUACGAUGAAACUAAACCACAAAGUCUUCAUUAUUCAUCACGUGCAUCCUCAAAAUCCAAAAUAAAUUCCAAAGAUGGAAAAUUGUUAAUAUAAAACAAAGAACUUAGCUUUAUUAAAAAAAAAAGAUAAAAAUGGAAUGUUUUAACUUUAUAACAAUGAAAAUGAAAGUUAUAUUUGAAACGUUUGAUGUUACGGAAAUUAAAUUUGCAUUCCUGCGGAAACUGUUUGAUAUACUUAGAAUGGCUGUACCUAUCAUCUUAUACAUUCAUCUAUGUUGUCAUUAACAGAAAACAUAAAAACACAUUCUAGAUGCUCAAUAAUACAAAAGAACUUACUGUUUAAACGUAUUUAAUCAGUUAAGUAGGUACUAAGUAGGUAUUAGAAUACUUCAAACUUUUGUAUAAUUUCAGUGCUAGAAUGAGGAGACGCACACGGGAGAACCUCAACUAAUUUUUCAGAAAUUUUAGGUUACCCCUACUAUUUGAAUAAAGUAGAACGCAUGGAACGUAGUAGCAGAUACAAAAAGGGAGAGACAUUUUCCAAUUUGAGCAAUGUAUAAUUUGAUUAUACCAAUGCAAAUAUUUAUAAAUAUUUGCCAUAUGUACCUUCUGUUUUUACUUUGUACCCGUAUUAAUGGGUAUAAUAUUAAUGAUAGGCACAACUGAAUAGUAACUACCAAACUAUUCGGUUGUGGGAAAAACUAUUCGAAUAGUUUUCGAAAUAUUCUAUAGUUUCCUAAAAAAAUUAUUAAAUGAAACAUUUAAUAGUUCAUCCAAACGGUCAUUAAUACUUAUUAAUACCUAUUAUAUAUGUAAGUGUUUAAACCGUGAUUAGAUUAAAAUAUUAAAUACAAUAUUAGAUAAUCUGUGAAACAGUUUUACCUGAAACAUAAUAUUUUCAAUUUGCUAAUUAUUUAAAAGCAGAAAUACAAAUGUAAUAAAACCGGAACACUAUAACGUGACAAAACAUUCAUAAUAUAAUAUGUUACUUUAUUUGUUUUACAACAUUUUCAUUUGACAACACCAUUGAUUAGGACAAUAUUGUUUUUCCCAUAAAUUAGAACUCUUUAAUUUUACACUAUUUUUUUAUAGGUAGAUAGUAGGUAUGCAUUUGCUUGUAUAUUAUAAUUUGUUUGAUUAUUAGGAAAAAUCAGAUUGAAAUUAAAAGAAUUAUAAAAUCAGAAUAUCAAGAAGCAAUAAUUUCAAGGUUUCUAUAUAAAUUGAAAUGUGUUUUUUUUUUAUAUUAUUAAAAUUUUGUUUUAUAAUAUACCCCUUAAUAAUAAUAUUGUAACAUUUACUUUUCAGGUGAUGGUCCUUGGUGAUUCCGGUGUCGGAAAGACUUGUCUGUUAGUUCGUUUCAGAGACGACACGUUUUUGGGAGGAAACUAUAUAUCUACCGUCGGCGUAGACUUCAGGGUGAGAAGGCCAACGUGGUGAUUUUGGAUCUAAUUUAAAUCGUGAAUCAUCUCACUCUUACAUUCAAAUAAUAAUCAGAAUACUUAUUAAAAACAUAUACCUGUACUAUAUUACUUAUUAUUAUUAUAAGGUAUAAUAAUUAAUAACACUGCAAUAGCAGUUUGAAUGUGACCUAAUACAAACUGAAAUCAGCCCGUAUAUACCUAUACCUACUUACCUAUAAAAAGAUAUAAAAUUAUAAAAUAACAAUAUAAAAUAAUAUUAUACCCUAGGUAGGUAGGUAGGUACAUGUAGUGUGAUAAGAGAAUGUAGACACCGCGCCAUCAUUAUACUUAGGUAGACGGUGUUAUUUAGACAGUUGCUGUGAACAUGUGCCUACAACUCAUUGGUAUAAAUAAAAAGCGGAAUGUUUUAUAUUAAUAUAUGUACUAUUAUUUAUUUUUUAUUACUUUUACUACAUCGUGAGCAUAAUAAAGAAACACCUGUAUAUCUUUAUCAUUUAUCGCGCGAUCUUAAGAUCACUAUUAGGUAUAUUUAUACCUACACGAGACGAAGUGAAAUAUAAUAACAGUUGAACAACGUGUAUAAUGGCUGUGUUUAAAUUUAUUUUUAAUGAUUAAAAAUAAUAAUAUGCUGUUACCCACAUAUUUUUUUUUUCAUUCGAUAAUAAAUAAUUUUGAGGACAUGUGGUCUAUAUUUUCGAAUUCUACCUACCUAUUUUUAAACAUCACGAUUUAUUAUAUUUUGUUUCAGAAUAAAAUUAUAUCUGUCGACGAUUCCAAAGUCAAACUGCAAAUUUGGGAUACAGCAGGCCAGGAAAGAUUCAGAAGCGUAACACACGCGUAUUAUAGAGAUGCUCAUGGUAAGUAAUCAAUAUACAAAUUAGAAGUACAAGUAAUAUGGUAUUAUUUAUUUAUAUGCGAUCAAAACUAUUGUAUUAAAUAAAGCUGGGUAAUAAAUCAUCACUUUGCACGUAGAAAAUAAUACUUACAUUAUUUAAUCAGAUGAAAUAUACACAAGUAUACAUAGAGAUAUAAUAUUAUUUUUAAUUUACAAAAAAAGAUAGGCAUACGUCACACGAUGGGUGUACCACUGUUGUAGAUGAAAAGUUGGGGAGACAAGAUAUAGAGGGGAAUUUAAUUUAUAUCUGUACGCAACGAUAAUCUAUUGAUAACGAAAAACGAUUCGAUGCGAAGUUUUUUUUAUAAAUCUACGUAAAUUUUCCCGAUUUUCCUACAUUUUCCCCAGUUUUUCUCAAUUAUUAUGAAAACUGCUCAGAAAAUCAAAAAAUGUCCUCUUUUAGGUACCACCCAGAUAAAAUUUCCUUUCAAAAAAGAUACUACAUUUGAAUACCAGAGCAGGAUUUCUAGUAGAAAAAUUAUUCAUGAAUAAAAAAAAAAUCAUUGUAAAACCAAUACAUUCCUCACUAUGCUCCGAAUCUUAAAUACGUAUCAUCCAAAAUAUAACAACUCGAGUAUGAUUAUUGAUUAUUAAUAAAAUAAAUAUGUGUAUUAAUAUUAAAUAGUAGGUAAAUACCUACUAAUAGAAACAAUCAUAUACUUUAAAUUAAUAACGGAUAUCUAAGUAAAUAAAAAUUGACUUAGUAAUACAUAGUAAUUGUACUUCGUAAACAAUUUAGAACAUAAAAAUAUUUAAUAGAAAAAUAAUUAUAAAAUUCGACAUUAUCUUGCUCAAAAAUAUAUUGUAUACGUUUUAUUUAAGUAAUAUCAAACACAAAAAAGAAAAUACAUUUUUUUUAUGUUACAGCUCUUCUACUCUUGUACGACGUGACUAAUAAAGUAAGUUUCGACAACAUACGGGCAUGGCUGAGCGAAAUUCGAGAUUAUGCUCACGAACAAGUAGUCAUAAUGUUAAUAGGUGGGCAAACCGAUAAUUUUUGAUCUGUGUUACAGUGGUAGUCAAAUGAUAUUUUCAUAGGGAGGAGUGUAUAAGGAUAAUUAUUAUUAAUUAUUGUUUACAUACAUUUUUUUAUAAAUAUAAUAGAUUACAUAAUAUAAUCUCAAUUUGAAUAAGUAUUGAACAGAAAUAAGAUCAAGGGAAACGGAAAUACAUCUUCUCUGCAUUUGACCACCCCUGUUUCAUUGAUAUUAACCAGUGAUUGGGACUUUUAAAAUUUAAAAUCCACAAAAAAUCGAUUAAAAACGUCAAAAAAACUCUGAAAAAAUAUGUAACAAAAUAAAAAUAAUAUAGGAGGGGGAGGUUUACUUUCUCUAAUGACUCCAACUUAUUAUGUACAAUUUUCUAGCACUACAAAAAUGAUAUUUUAUAAGUUCGAGUCAUUAAUGGGAGAACUUUUAAAACCCCUUUACAAUUUCAGCUUUUUAAAAUAUUUAUUACUGUUUUUUUGUGGAUUUUAAAUGCUAAAAGUCCCAAAUCCUAAAUUAAUAAUUGGUGUAGAUAUUAGUUAUUCUUUUUUCGAUUUCAACAGGGAACAAAGCGGACUGUAGUUCUAAUGAUAGGAUGGUUAAACGAGAUGAGGGCGAGCAGUUAGCCAAGGAGUAUUCGGUCACAUUCUUGGAGACUUCUGCAAAAUCGGGUUUAAACGUUGAAAUCGCUUUUAUGUCUGUUGCCAGGUACGCAUUUGUGUAUACAUAAUAUCUAUUGGCUAUUAUACUGCGACCUAGUGAUAACACCUAGUUAGGGUCCCCGUUGGGGGUCUCCUCCUAAGACUUUGGGGUACCUUUGUAUUAAAGUAAAAUUAAUUUAUCUUUGAAACUAUACAGGUAUUGUAUUUUGAAUAAAUUGGUGUAUCCCCUCCUCUAUAAUGUGGCCUAUUUUGAUUACUGACUGGAAAUAACCUUGAUUUCGAAUGCAAAAAAAUAAAUGUAGUAAAUAAAUAAAUGCGUCCUGGAGUAUUAUGAUAAGUAUAUUAUACGACCGGUAUCGAAUUAAAAAUUCAUCAUCACAGAUAUAACACAGUUAAAAUGUAAAACGCGACUAAUACUCCAGGCGACGCAUUCAUUAAUUUGUUUUUUUUUUUUUACAUACAUAUACAUACAUUUUUUAUUUAUACAUUUAUUUACGAAUAUUAACCAUUUUAAUAAUUUUGUUUUAAUUAAUUAUUUUAGUACAUAUAUAAUAUAUAUGUAUGUAUGUAAGUAUGUAUGUGGAGCCAUUAGAUAUAUAUAUGAAAAGGAAAUUAUAGGUAUACUUACCUACCUGAGCAAUACCCUGUUCGCCCAAAAAUGACAUUUCGCUUUUCGCCCGAAUAUUUUAAAACUACUUUUCUUUUUCGUCCAAGAAAAUUAUAGCCCUUUUUGACGAUGUUUUUAUAGCGUUCACUUUGAGAAACACUUACUUCAUUUUUAUUUGUGUAAAUUAAUUUGGCGAUGAAUAUUUGUUAGGUCGUAAGAAUCGUGAUUAUGUUCACUAGUUGAAAUAAAAAUAUGACAUCCUCGUUUACUUCUAAGUAUUCCAUAAUUUAACUGAUAAAAUCGUCACCAAUAUAAAUUAAAAAUUACUGAAAUAUAUUACUAAAAACUAUGCACUCGAAUACUUCGACUCGAAAGUAGACGAAACUGCACUGAAACAGUUUCUAGUUGUCAAAUGUAUGUAGUGUAUACAUAUGUUAUAAUGGUUUAUACUGUAUACCAUUAUUAUUAUCUUUUCUUUAUAAAAUAAUUAUCUACCAAUUAUUAUCGUAUACCUAUAGUAUCCCAAAUGUUAUUAUGGCGAUAACGUUAUAUAUUGUACAUAAAUAAUUUAAAGUAAGUGUUUGCCAAAGUAUGUAUUAUAAAAAUGUGAUCAAAAUGUGCUAUAAUAUUCUUGGACAAAAAGGGAAAGUAGUUUUAAAACAUUUUAGUGAAAAGCAAAAGGUUAUUUUUGGGCAAAAAGAGUCCCGCCCCACCUACUUAUAUAGGUAAUUAUUAUUAUAAACUUCAAUCAAAGAUAACAAUCAUCAUAUUAUUAUACAAUUUCGUCACUUACCGUUUUACAGGGAAUUAUUAUUCAAAAAAACUGGCAUAGAAAAAAAAGGAUCUUUUAAUGUACAAGAAUAUGUGAAAGAACAAACCAAAACCAAUUGUCCCGCGUGCUCGACAACAUGAAUAUAAUGCAUCGCAACAUCGUAGGUAAACUAAAUCAAUUAAAAAAUUACGAUAGUGUGUAACUAUUUGUUAUUUUGAAAUAAUGCACAGAAAAACCUAACGGGGGUCCAGACUCCCACAGUUGAUCUUUAAUCUUUUAUACUUCAGUCUAUUAAUAAGUCAAUGAACAGUGUUCUGUAAUUAUUGUUUCAAUGUUACUAAAGAAAAAUAUGGGUUAAGGAAGUUGAAACGUACCUAGUUUUCAUACGUUUUAGAUACGGUGUAAAAUUAGACAUACUUUCCAUUAUCUGAUUUCAAUUUUUAAAGUAUGUAUUGUAACAUUUGGUUUCAUUAAAAUUUGUUUUCAAAACAGUUUUCACCAUAAAUGUUAGUGCCACUUAGAUUUAACGCUACCCAUUUUAAACAUUUUUAUAACCUUCAUAACCUAUCAUGUAUGGUAAGCAUACAAUUGCUAUAAAUAAUACUAAAUAAAGAGAACAACUAAGGGGAUAAUUAAUUAACACUAACUUAAGUUUUAUUUUUAUUUAGGGGGCUGACCCCCCUUCUAUUUAUGCCAAUGAAUAUAGAUAAUGUUAUAACUAAUGGCAAAUAACACUUCUCAUCGUCAUCAUCACUUUAAGAACUCUGUUCAAGUCAAGUAUAACAUCUCAAAAUUAUAUUAAUAUAUAAUAAUAGGUAACUAUCUAGUUUUUAUUUUCUAACAAAUAUCUGUGAUUUAUAUUACUAUGUUCUAUGGUAAACAGAUAUGUACUUAUAGACUGAUCUUUUGUUGGUUAUAAAUUAUUAUAAUUUACAAUAUAUAUUAUAUUUAAGAGAAAUCUAGAUGUCUAUAUUAUUUUUAAUAAUAAAAAGCCUGUUGUUUAGUUAAUACCUAUUAAUUGGCUAUAAUUAAUGUAAUUGGAUAUUCUAUUUCCCAGCAGAUUUAAUUAACAAACUAACAUCUGAAUUUAAGGUACCUGCUUAUCUAAAAAACGUGUCUACAAUAGCAGUUCAAAUAACACAGAUGUUUUCAAAUAAAAAAAUGUGAUCCUCACUUAAAAAAUACCCUUGGCAUAUAAACAAUAAAUUAUCAUAUUAUUCAGUAGUAAUACAGACUGCUUUUCCAUGAAUUAACCACCAAUCCACCGCCGUGUAGUGAACUGUUCAUAAAUAUUAUUUUACGCCAUCAAAUUAAUUUUUUGAAAAACAAAAGUAAAAACUUCAGUGCUAUUUAAGUACAUUGGGAAUGUAUUUGGAAAUCAAUCAUACUUUAUUUUUUUAAUUGAACUAGGUACAUAUUAGUCAAAUAUCAAAAUAUAAAUUAAACUUAACUUUAGGUAUAAUUAAUAAUUAUAGAUUAUAAUUGUAUAAAAUCAACAAUGUUACUUAAUAAUAUUUGUAUAAUAUCCUUACUCAUAUUUUAUUAAAGAUAGGUAAUUCAUUAUUUAUGUUUAAUCUUUAGAUUUCCAUUAAUAAAUGAAGAAUGUGUAUUGCUGCCCAUAACAAAAUACAAAAAGCUGUCUAUAUAACUAUGUCUAUCUAGGUGGAUUCAUUCAUCAAUCCAUUGAAAAAGCAAAUAAAUCUUCUCCAUUAAUUAACCUAAGUGAUCAGUCACUAUUUUAUUUUCUAGGAUACCUAUUACCAUAUUUAGUCAUAACUAUAAAAUUACUAAUAAAACACAUUGUUAUUUAUAAAAUAUUUAUUAAGUAGAAAAAAAAUAUUUUUUAAUUAUUAUCAUUACUAUAAUAUAAUCAAUAAAGAGCUGGUUUAGUCUUCCUAUAUACAUUCACUAUUAAAAUGAAGUAUAUAUUUUACAAAUGAUAGUAUAAUAAUUAAUAAGUACCUUGUCAUAAAUGCAUAAAUACCAAGUAUAAAUUGUUACUAAAAAUGAAAUGUAUACUAUUAUUUAGUAAAAUUAUAAUAAUAAUAUGGAUAUGUUAUACAUUUUUAAUAUUUAUUUAUUUGUGUGUGAUUUAUGUGCUUAUUAUAGUAUGUACCAUUGUGUUAAGUUUAUAAUUUUAAGAAUAUUAUUGUUUUAGUUUUAAAUAAUAUACAUGUAAAAAUAUUUUUUUUUAAAUGAAAAAUAAUAUAUUCAAUGUAUUAACAUAUUGAUUUUAAUAUUAACAUUACCAAUUUUAUAUUAAAAAAUGAUUAACUUAUAAAAAAUAUAAAAUUAAAAUUUACUGCCAUGACACUAUUUAAAAUCUAGUUUGUAUGUAUUAAAUAUACGUUCACAGUAAAUACUAAAUGUUUAUUUUGAAGUUUGAAAUUAUUAAUACUGUUACCAUAUUCAAAUAAAUUUCAAUAAGGCCCAAGUUUGUAUCAAUUACCAUUGCUAUCCAGAUUCCAGUACAUCCAUUAUGUCAUUAAUUGAUUCUAUAGAAAAGAAUCUAAUUUAACACCUUCAGAGAAAUUGACAAAUUUUAAACAAUGAUCAAUAUAUUCAAUAAUAUAAUACAGUAAUAUUAUAUUUUGAAAAAAUACUACAUAAUAAUAAUAAUAUUCUGGUAUUAAUAUCUUUAGUCGACAGUGUGGUUACUUCUAAAACCUAUAGAAAUUAUUUAUAAAUAAUAAUUGAUUGAUAAUUUUAAUUUGCUUUUAUGCAUCUUAUCCAAUUAAAUAUAAGUGUUUUAAUUGUGUAAAAUAUGUAAAUAUGUUGGAAUAUAUUACUAUUUAUUGGAAGUACUUUCCGCAAACACUCCACAUAUAAGUUUUUUCUUUACAACUUUAUUCAUAUGUAUAUCACACAUAACUUUUAAUUAUAUAUUUUUUUUAAAAUAUGCAUCAGAAUUUAUAUUAACUCCAGAUGAACUAGUUUACCUCUGUGUAAAUAUUCGGUGCAAGGGUACAACCCAUAAAAAUAUUAAUAAAUGGACUUUAUUUUCUUCACCUCUCAUCUAUAAUGUUCGUAAACAAUAUUAAGCGAUGAUAGCGAAAGUUAGGGGCAACCAUGGAUGAAAUACUUUUAUAUUUGUAUUGUGCCAUGAAAUUGAUUGUUAUUAUUACCACUGUAAUAGAUUAGAUACCAGGUAGAAUAACAGGCUGUAAAAAAAAAAAACCUGCUAGAAAUAUUUUUCUGGGUAGGUUAGAUAAAAUAAUAUAAAUAUUUGGAUGAG